AUGCGAAUGUUGAGGAUGGCUUGUUUCAGCCUCUGCGCGUUGCUUGUUGACGUGGGAAGCACCUCAACACCUGCAUUGGAGCCUACGGAGUCUGCCUGGAUGCGGGGAGAUGAGUGUCUUGAAGGCCCUGAGAGCCCUGGAGAGGAGGCGAGCAAGUGUGCCUUGAGUGCCAUCCAGCGGCGGAGUGCCAAGUUGGCUGUCCAGGAUACCGUGCCAGACAGUGUUACGGCAAGGCCGGAAUGUGGUGGAAAGGCCGGGCCAAAAAAAGUCAUUUUCAUUCAGGAUGCAUGCUUGGAUGAUUUCUUGUCCCUUGCUGCAUUGGCUCGCGCCCACAAAGCUGGUGAGAUUGAGUUGUUGGGGGACAUUGUGGUGAACGGUGACUCUACCUUGCCCGACAGUAUGGUGGUAAAUUACAAGUUUCAUCAAGCACUUGGCAUUGGGGACAUUCCCUUGUUGCUUUCCCGUGCCCGAAUUUUCAACCAAUUCCCAUGGCUCUACAGAGGUGACACUUACACCCUUGCCAAGACCCCGGGAAUUGAAAGCAUGAAGUUCGACAUUCCAUGGAAGGAGUACCAGGACUAUCCCGAUGGAGAUGAAUGGCUGGUGAAAACCUUGCAGGAUGCUUGCCCAAGCUCCAUCACCAUCCUGCACGUGGCAGCGUUGACCAAUCUGCAGAUGGCCUUCAAGAAGGACCCCUCGCUGCCUCAGAAGAUCAAAGAGCUGGUGUGGAUGGCUGGUGCAGUCAACGUGCCGGGAAACACCGAUGGUACAGGAAAGCACGGACUAGGCCAUGGAUACCGAGGCAUGAACAGCUAUGCUGAGUGGAACGUUUAUGCGGAUCCAUUCGCGGCCAAGUAUGUGAUGGAGACGACCACAUUUCCCAUACAUUUGAUCCCACUCGACCUUUGCAACAAGCUCCCUCUUUGCAACGAUGACAGUUGCGAGUUCAUGAAUUCUUUGAAGGCAGAAGACAAAGCAAAUUGUGCAUAUCCCGAGAUCCAGACGGCGUUAAAGCAAGCCUUUACCAAGUCCAUUGCUGCUAGCCCUUUUAUGCGGCUUUGGGACUCUGCUGCGACAGCAUAUGUGCUGAAGCCCCACCUGUUCUUGGACCAAGGAACCACACAGCUUGCCGUUGUCACAGCUUGGGACAAUUUCGGACGGCUCGUGCAGCCCAAAGAUGCUGGAAAGUCGGGAAAGGGAGAGACACACUUCAGGACGGUGUCAGCGUCCUUCAAUCUGACGAAGCCCAGUGCCUACACUGAGAUGUACACCUUCUUAUCGUCAGCUGCUUGUGACCGCUAG